CUGUCUUUCUUCCGCUGUCUUUUUCCAGUUGUCUCUCUCCAUGCCUACAGAGGGUUUCCGCUUACAAUUACUAGGCUAGGCAACUCUCUCAUGCCACAUCCCUCGGCUUCCCGCGGUAUGCAUCCCCGCCAAAAAGGAAAAGCAUCCGGGUAACGCAGGCAGCUCUCCCUCUUAUAAAGACAGCGCCCCCACAUUUUUUCCUUCCCAAGCCACGCUUAAGCAUCAAUGUCCGGCCUUACCGACGCACAACUAAGCCAGUUCCACGAGGAGGGGUGCCUUGCCAUCCCAGGCUUCCUUAGCCCCGAGCAGCUCUCCCGCAUCAUGGGGUACUCUCACAAGCUCAUGGCCGAGUUUGAUCCAGCUACGCACCCGAUGACCAAGUUUACCACCAACGACGACAACCAUGUCGGCGACCGGUACUUCUUGGAGAGCUCGGACAAGAUUCGGUACUUUCUCGACACCGACGCGCUCGAUGCCGCGGGUGCGCUUACAAAGCCCGCUGCGCAAAGCGUCAACAAAGUAGGACAUGGGUUGCAUUUGGCCGUUGACCCGCACAAUCCGUGUCCUGGGAUAACUUUUGAUCCACGGGUGCAGGCAAUCGCACGUCAGCUCGAAUUUACCGAUCCACGCAUUCUCCAGUCGAUGCUCAUCUUUAAGCACCCCUCGGCGUCCAAGCAUUCGGCCAAUGCCGUGCCCUCCCACACCGACGGCGCUUUCUUGUACACCGACCCCCUUUCGUGCAUUGGGUUCUGGUUUGCGUUGGAAGACUGCACGUUAACCAAUGGCUGCUUGCACUACAACCCCGGGACACACAAGACGCAUGAGAUCACGAAACGGUUUGUACGGGUCAAGGACGAAAAGGGCGCUACGCGAGGCACUAACUUUGCGGUCAUCCCCGGAAUGGAGACGCACGUCAACCCAGAAGAUGUGCAGAAAGAUUACAAGCUGGUGGAGUGUCCUGCGGGAACGCUUGUGCUUAUUCACAACCGUGUUUUGCACAAGUCCGAGGACAAUGUCAGCGACAAGUCGCGCUUCGCAUACACGUUCCAUAUCGUGGAGGGACCAGAGAGUGGUAAAGGCGUGGUGUAUGAUCUGUUGAACUGGUUGCAGAUUCCGACCAACGUAGAUGGGGAGAUCACGGGAGACGCUAUCAAUGUGGGGGCAGGGAACUUCAGCAGGUUGUAUACAUAGUGCUGGAGGCGUAGCCCCUAGCAUGUUUCUUUUCAACCAGUAUUUAUUUACGUAGUUUGGUUUAGUUCUACAGGCCGUAGUGCUUGUUUCAUUGUGGUGUUUACUGGAUCUAAGCUCUACUGGCUUGUAUUUUCCUGACUCGUGUUUUCUCAACUUGCGUUUUCCUGGCUUUCGCAUUAUAAAUACUCUACGUAUUUUUGGUUAUUGCAGGUUUUAAGUCAUCCAUAAAUGGUUUGUUCCACGUAAAUUUUUGGUUAAAAUGUGAAACCCCUCCCCCG